AUGGAGUCUACAGCGCAAAAGGGAGUCUACAGCACUCGGUGUUCCCAGGCGGUCACCCAUCCAAGUACUAACCGAGCCCGACGUUGCUUAACUUCAGUGAUCGGACGAGAACUGCUGCUUUCAACGUGGUAUGGCCGUAGACAUUAUAUAGAAAUUUUUCUGGCGGAUCUUUCUUGCAAAACAGGGGAAAAUACCAGCAAAAUGGAGUCUACAGCGCAAAAGGGCGUCUACAGCACUCGGUGUUCCCAGGCGGUCACCCAUCCAAGUACUAACCGAGCCCGACGUUGCUUAACUUUAGUGAUCGGACGAGAACUGGUGUUUUCAACGUGGUAUGGCCGUAGACGUUAG